AUGGCAUCCAAGUUGCUAACACUGCAAUCCAAGGCCUGUGAAGCAUCAAAGUUUUUGUCCAAGCACGGCUCAACUUACUACAAACAGUUGCUCGAGAAGAACAAGAAGUAUAUACAGGAGCCAGCUACUGUUGAGAAAUGCAAUGAGUUGUCUAAGCAGCUUCUCUACACUCGUCUUGCUAGCAUUCCUCGGCGUUCUGAGUCGUUCUGGAAGGAAGUGGAUCACGUGAAGGGCUUGUGGAAGAAUCGGGCGGAUUUGAAGGUUGAAGAUGCUGGAAUUGCAGCACUUUUUGGUUUGGAAUGCUUUGCUUGGUACUGUGCAGGUGAGAUUGUAGGACGAGGCUUCACUUUCACCGGCUACUACCCUUGA